CCCUAUUUCACCUGAUGACGUCACCGCAUCAAUACGGAAGUUGGUGCAGAUGCGGUGGUGAGGUGACAUGAAAAGUGCAUUUCCUUGACCGAGCGGCUGCACGUUCGUAUAAUCCAUCAAAUCAUGCCUGAUGAGCUGGUGUAUUUGGGAUUUCUGGCCGCCUGCGUACCUAUAGGGUUCCUUUUCCGUUACCUCAGUCCAUCCUCCAAGCAGGGAUUAGCCUUACUUUUGGGCCUCCUCACCACCCUCGCCUCCUGCCAGAUCCACACGCUCCACUCCCUGGUGACUGUGAUCGGAACAUGGAUCAUCAUAAAGAGCAGCGGGAGGCUCGCCCCAGCACUGAGUCUCAGCUGGACCUUUCUUUAUCUCCUGUUUUUCCGUCUGGUCACCUGGUUUGAUUUGCCAAAACCAACCCCUUUUGCCAACGCCAUCCAGCUGAUUCUCACACUCAAGAUGGUGAGUUUAGCUAAUGAGGUGCACAGCUUCCACACGGAGAAAAAAAAAGACGUGAGCUCUUUUUCCAAGCCGUCUGUCAUUGGGGGUCUGUCCCAGGAGCCCUCGCUCUAUGAUGUCCUGUCUUAUAGCUACUGUUACAUGGGUAUAAUGACCGGGCCGUUCUUUCGCUUUCAAACGUUUAUGGAUUGGCUGAGGCAGCCGAACCCGCAGGCUCUGCCCGGCUGGGAGCCCUGUGUGCAGCGCUUGAAGCUGGUUCCCGUCUACAGCGCACUCUUUCUGGGGGUCAACCAUUUUUUCCCCUUGGCUUACGUCCGGACCGAAGAGUUCCUGGAGCAAAACAUUUUCUUCAGGAUGUUCUACAUGGUUGCAGUCUUUUUUGUGUUCAGAAUGCGCUUCUAUGCUGCAUGGUGUGGAGCUGAGGCAGGAUGCAUCACUGCAGGCCUGGGCUGCUAUGCAGAAAAGGCGCUUUCCAAACCUGGAGGAGGGCCAACAGUCAACUACAGUCCUGAUCCGAACACCAAAGAGAAAUAUGACUUCAAAACUAUCCAGAACAUUGACUGCUACAACACCGACUUCUGCGUGAAAGUCCGUCACGGCAUGCGUUAUUGGAACAUGACGGUUCAAUGGUGGCUGCAUCAUUACAUCUACCCCAACGCCCCCUUCAAAUCCUACACUUUAAGGGCUGGCUGGACCAUGUUAAUCAGCGCAUACUGGCACGGGCUGCACCCUGGCUACUACCUCUCCUUCCUCACCAUCCCCCUGUGCAUAGCAGCAGAGUCGGCCAUGGAGGCCUCUGUCCGAUCAAAACUCGGCCCUGGCGGGCAGAACAUCUUCGACUGGGUUCACUGGUUCCUGAAGAUGAGGGCCUACGACUACAUGUGCAUGGGUUUUGUGCUGCUGAAGGCUCCCGACACCAUCAACUACUGGAUGUCCAUCUACUUUAUCAUCCACAUCAUUGCUGUCUCCUGCAUAAUAACGGGCAGGGCCUUAAAGAGGGGGAAACGAGAAGACAGGAGAGGAGGCAAAGAGGAGAAGAAAGAAGGAGAGAAGACAGAGAAAACUGAAGACAAAGUGGACUAAAUAACCUUCUUGGGGGACAUGAGGAAAUCUUUACCAAUAGCAGAAAAAGUUUGCUUUCGACAAAAAACACCCCCCCCCCACACACACACACACACUAACACACACACACAGUUCAAGGUCAGAAUUUAUGUGAAAAUGUAAUUUUAGUGAAAAAAGUGUUACUUUUAAAUCCAAGGUAGAAAAUCCCAAUCAGAGACAUUUCAUCAUUGAUACAUUUAUUGGGAAAUAUUAGAAAGGUAUGUUUGAUGAGGUCAAGGAAUGUUUGAGUCUCACUCGUCUCAAGGGGUGGGGGCAUUUUAAAAUCAAACUGUACUUUUCAAAAGGUUUUCAUAAGAUGUAAUUCAAAGAGGUUCAGGUGUUAAAUUUAAGCUGUUUUAAGUUUAAGGAAGUAAUUCAAAAACAGUUAGUGUUCAAACCUUUGUGCUGAUCUCCCGUUAAACUCUUGUUCUGUUGUUUAAGUUUAUUAUUCCCAUCGUCCCUUAGACUGUUCCAUUGUGUCGACCGAUCCCUUUGUGUUUCUGGCGGUGAUUGUAAACACUUUGCAUCAAACCAGGGCUGUCUCUGCAGCGGGGCUGGCUUCAGCAGAGGACGAGCCCAAACAGUCGCCCACAUGUCUUCACUGCCUUCGUGUGACUCCCAUAAGAGGGACCAAUAUUGAAAAAAGCUUUUGUCGUUGCUGUAAACUGCCAGUGUUUUUUGUGAGUCACGGCUCAGCUUAAAAAGAAAUUGUCAGAAUUUUUUCAAUAUUAAUAUUGUUUAAAAAGUCAAACUGAUUUUAGAGUUUCAGUCAUUUGCUUUUUUAUGACUUAAAAAGAAAAAAAAUUGAACAUCUGUUAAUCUUUUAAAAAGACAAAACGUUAGUUGUUUUUAGGCUGAAAAUAUUUACAGUUAAUUGUUCUUAUUUUGUUGUGUUUAUCAGUUAGUCUACAGGAUUUAAAAAAAAAUCCAAUUUCCUGUCUUCUUUUGUUUUCUAUAUUCAGACAAAGAUCUAUAUAAUUUGAAUCUGAAUUUCCCGUGACGUUACUACAGUGUGAGGAUUUCUAUAUUGUGCCUGGGCUGAUGGCUGCACAUUUGUGGAGUUUUUAAUUCCCCUGCCUUUUGUGUUUUUUAAGUGUUUUUGGUUGAUAUUCACACUUAUGCUGCAACUCUUUCUGCUUUGUGACUUUGUUACUCCCAGAUUCAAUAAAUGCCAUCAGAGUUUCCUUA